AACUGGUCCUUUUUCACUAGAGGUCAAAGGUGAUUUUUAAAAUUACUUUAAAAUAAGUUCAAGCUUGCAACAGAGAAGUUGCAAGUAUUGAACAAAGACCUCUAAUAUUCCCCUCACCCAAUUCCUCAACUCUUAACAUUUUGUUACAUCUUCUUUUUCCCUUUCAGUCUAUCUGCCUGUCUAUAAAAGCACUCGACUUUCCUGAACCAUCUGAGAACUUCAGAUACGAUGCCCCGUCACUCCCAGAAACUCCAUGAAAAGAAGAGACUGGACCUGGAAAGGAAACUCUAUGAAUAUAAUCAAUCUGACAUAUGCAGAGUUAAGCUGAAGUAUGUAAAACUAAAGAAAUACCUGAAGGAAAUAUGUGAGUCAGAAAAGAGGGCGCGUACUCGGAACCAAGAAUAUUUAAAGCGGUUUGAGCAGGUCCAAGCUCAUGCUGGGCACUUUGCCACAAAUGCAGAGAAGCUUCAAGAACUGAAGAUUGAGUAUGAGGCUCAAAUUAAGAAGAUGCAGCUACUCUCAAAAGAUAGCCUGGGGGGAAAACAUGAACUGAAAGAUGAAGACAGAGAAAAGGUUGUAAUGCCGGCUGAAAUUAACAGCCAGACAGCCGUGUCAAGAGGAUUGUAUCAGCCAGCAACAACCUUUAUGGGCCACCACCUGUCAGCCGUCUCGAGCAUGGGAGAUUUCAGUAUGGAGCAGAAAACCCCCCAGCCCACAAAGAACUUUUCAAUCCCUGACCCACGUUCACACCGGCAGACAGCCCAGAGCAGAAAUGUGACAGGCAGCUGUGUAGUACAAACUAAUAGUGACACGCGGUGCUUAAGUAAGUCUGACAAAACAGAUGGAAAGACAUGUCUUCAGAUGGGUGAGAAAACGCCAGUCACAGCUGGCGCAUGGUCCGAGGAGGAACAGACUCAUUGCUUGGAGACGGAAGGCAGCACGCGUCAGGGCAGGAGUAAUUUAUCUGAAGGCCAGAAGUCUGUUGAACUCCAUCCCCCGUUACGGGGGAGAUUAAGUCCAGAGAACAGAGCCAGUGACUUAAAGGGUGACAGUUCCAGCAGAUCCGAGGGAUCCGAGGGAGCAAUUCUGACAUGGGAACAUAAUGAAGUCGAGGAAGACAGAGCCGGACUGCCAGUCCCUCCGGCAUCAGCCUCAGAAUAUGGCACAUCUGAAAACAAGUGUCCUCCAGAGAGGCCGUCUGCCCGGGCAGCUUCCUCAGAUCAUCUUCCUCGUGGGGACCCAGAGUCACAGAAGCCUUUCAGGAAAAUGCAGGAAGAGGAGGCAGAGGAAAGUUCGAUCAGCAGUAGUGACCUCACAGUGUCUGUAAGUGAAGAUGAUCUGAUUUUAAAGAGCCCAGAACCACAGCCAAAUCCAGGUGACAACGUGGAGGGAGAAGACGGAACCGAGGCCUUAAAUUUAAUCCUCUCUGGGCGAGAAGGAGAUGCCCCACUCACAGGGAAACAUCAUUGUAUUUUGCAAACCCUGAGCUCUCCUGAUUCAAAAAAGGAAUCUUCCGCUAACUCACCAACAAGAGAGUCUGAACGAGUGCCAGCCUCAGGCUUGCCGAGGGCAGGACUGGGUCAGCAUGCUGCCACCUUGAAAGGGCACGACAGUUCUCUCCAGGAAGGGGCCGCUCAGCUCUCUGAAGCUUUCCCAGUCAGAAGCAUGGACCAGAGGACAAGGGCGGUAGCAUCACUGGAAGGGGCCCUCUCAGAGGAGCAGGACGGCAGGUCGGCUGUUGGCAGCAGUGAGUCAUCACGCGGGUCGCUGUCCACCAGGAGUGACAGGAGUGGAACAAAGGACGCAAAACCCGCUCUGUGGCUCAGCAGCUUUCCUACCAGGGGACAAGAUGUUUCAAGUAUCUAUGGAGACGAGAGCGAGGAGGAGAGUGUGGCAGCGGGGGUGCCGGUCACAGAAACGAAAGCCUACCAGAUGUUGAAGCUGUCUACCCUUCAGGACGGCGCACGCCAAACUGAAGACAGGCUCCAGAAGGCGGAGGCCUCUGUGCCGCCACUGCCAGGUUUGAACGCUGGCAGCAGGACGUUCCGGACAAAGACAGCUCGCAAAACCGCCUCGGAAGCUAGCUUUUCAUCUAGCGAAGGGAGCCCUUUGUCAAGGCAUGAAAACAAGAGGAAACCAACUACCAAUUUAAAGUCUAAAGCCUUCUGGGGAGAGUCCGAUGACAGCAACUCAGAAAUCGAAGCUGCUUUACGUCCAAGAAACCGUGACACACCCACUGACGAUUUUGAUGAUUUUUAUGACUUAUAAGCUGUAACACCUGUUGGAAAUAAAGCCUUUCAGCAAACUAAAA